AUGUUUUUGGGAAUAUUCGAUGUCCACAUUGAAAAUCUCAUCCCACCUUCGCCAAAAAGAGCAUCAAGACUGCUGGACCUUGAACACGUGAAGUUUUUAAUGGACUCUUUUCAAAGUGGAGUUUUUCAACAACUUACAAUCCUGGUAGGAAUGGUCCCUGACGAUUGUGACCCGUCGAUAUUAAAGAUGAAAGGUGCCGGACAGGUUGAGACCCUUGGAGGGAACCACACAAGGGAAGCCCUUCAGGGUCUUCUAAGGCGUGGUCUCGCAACUAUAACCACAGUCAAAAUGAAUAUUUAUUCAGCCCUGUCAACAUGCACAGCCUUAACGGUGGGUUGGCAGCACAAUGUUUGCUUGCAGGAGAAGCAAAAGCCUCUAAGCUUCAUUGACAAGGUGAGGCUUAUGAGACAGGUUCGCCCAUCAAUGCACAUGUCACCAACGGAUAUGAAGGCUUGGAAAGAAGCUCUUUCUUCCAUCUUUCAUGUGAAGGACAUCAGAAGAUUCCAGAAUUCGUAUGGACUGCAUAUGAAGAUGGCUCAGCUUGAACAGAGAGUUUGGGCCAUUGUGGAGGAAGUCUCGGGUGGUGCAGUGAAAAUCUCUGAAAAAUUCUUCAGACCACUCUUGAAAAUUCAAUCAACCGAGGAUAUUGAGUCGUGUCUGAACAUUCUGCGAAGCAAAGGAUUAGCUGAAUAUAACAACAAAAUAAAGGAAUUUUUGGGAUCCAGACCACUUACAAAAAAAAGAAAGCAAACUGACCUGGAAGAUGAUGCCAAUGAGGAAUGUUCAAACACUUCUGAGGGACUCCUUGAGAAGUACAGCAAGGUAGUUGAUGAGCUUCAAAUGAUGAAGGACAAAUGUUCCAAACUGGAAACGGAAAACUCAGAAUUGAGGCGUCAACUGACAGAGCAUUGCUGGAAGUCCAAGGAAAAUUCAUCAAAGGACAAAGAAAUUGAAGCAUUCUGGAGAUUUGAAGACGGACGAGAGGAAUGGUUGCCGGCCAAAUUGAUCCGAAAAUAUGCUAACGGAGAGUGUUCAGUCCAGUACUCUGAUGGAGUUAGUAGAGUGAGGUCCUCAUGGGUGAGAGAGGUGGGACAGAUGUAAGGUCAUCCUAUUGCCACAUCUAGAAGUUAUACCUAUUUUCUCAAGACUAAAAAUGUCGUGAACUUAAAAUAAAUGUUGAUAUCAAUAUUUGCAACCAGAGUACAUAUUAAGGCACUUGAUGUUAUUUUUCUGAAUGAUUGAAGUCAGGUUUCUCAUACUAAGACAUUUCCCUGUCAAGUUAUGGAAUUAACUUAAAUUUUAUGGUGUGCAAUUUCUGUUUUAUAAA